AUGCUGUCGAUGCUGUUUACGCUGUUGGGCCGUGUGCGCGCCGAGACAGGUAUCCAGGAUUCUCAGGAUGUCCCGGUUGUCACCACGACGAUUCUGCUGAUAGCAGGUGCAGGCUUGUUGAAGCAGUCCACAUUGGCAUGCAGACGGCGGAAGGGUCAAGAAGAUGAGACCACCAAGUGGCCAAAGAGCGCCAGAUUCCAACGCAGCUACUCAGAGACAGAUAUGGUGGAUGAUGCAGAGACGUGCUGGAAGUUCGAAUACGGCAAGUUCAAGUACACUGGCUUGAGGCCGGAGCCCUUGGAACCGGAUGCCGAGCCACCAGUACCUCUCAGCAUUGAGGAGGCUGAGCAGCUGGAGAUGCCACAGCUGCGCGAAGGGGAGGAGGAGAAGAUUUGGGAGCUCAAGGAGCUGGUGGCAGAUCUGAAAGAACAGCAGCGCCACCGGGUGGACAACCUCACGCUCAUGCGCUUCCUACGUGCCGAGAAGGGAAAGGUCCACAAAGCUGAGAAGAAGAUCCGGGAUGCCAUCUCCUGGAUGGAGGAGAACGACGUGCUGAACGCCCUGGACAAGUGGAAUCUGGAGGCAUAUGAGAAGUGCUUGGCACCCUGGUGGCUGAGCGGGGGAUUCCUGGGCCACGGCCUGCAGGGUGAGCCCGUGGCUUUGGAACGUAUUGGCCGAUGCUCUUGGCCGAAGCUUUGCGCUCGGCUGGACUUUGAGGUCCUCAAGAGGCUGGACAUCGUGCACUGUCGCAGAUCAUUGGCAGCGCUGGAGGAGGACUCCCUUAGGCGAGGGAGACCAUUUGGUGGGGCUACGGUCGUUCUGGACUUGAAGGGGUUCAAGUGGUCAGAUGCGCAGUUUGGCGCAGCCUGGACGCUUUCCAAGAUCGUGGCUUGCAGGAGCAACCUCUUGCCGGAGAUCUGCACCCGAAUUCUUUUUGUCAGGGUCCCGUCACCGUUUGUGAAAGCUUGGUCGAUGUUCAGCUACCUGUUGGAUCCUGGCACCAUCGCCAAGGUGCAGAUGGCCACGGAAGCGGAAACCUUGAGCCUCUUGCGGAAAUACAUGGGGGACGAAACCAUCCCUGCCUACCUUGGAGGACAAAGGCACACGGAUGGCGAUCCCUAUUGCCGAAAGCUCCUUGCGCCUGGAGGAUUUCCGCCGGAAGCAGCCUUGCACAGGUUUGAGCGGCUCGUGGCGGGAGACGACGACGGCGACUUCUUGGACAGCUCAUCGCGCGGCGGUCGCGACGGCCGCGACACUCGGUUUCAGCUGGACAAUGCCUCGCGGCAUUACAUUGACCAGAGCGUGCGGUACUUGCUCUUGGGCGUAGUGCUGGGGGUGCUGGGCUUCCUCAUAGCCGUGGUGCCGCUGAUGCUGCGGGGUUUGCGAGGCACCAUGGGGUCCAAAGACAUCAACAAGACUUUUCUGCCGGCCACGGUCUCCGAGUUGGUCUCUGAGUGGCACAGCGUGGAGGCCCGCAUCUUCUUCGGCUUCGAGCUCCUGGCGGCGCUGAGUAUCUUGCUGUCCUGGUACCCCUACAAGCUGCGCAACGCCUGCUGCAUCCCGGCGCAGGGCGGUUGCCGCAUGCCGCUGGGCCCCUGUGCCAUGUCCUGGGCCACGGCCAGGACCUUCUUCCCCCCCGUGGGCCUUGUGCUGGUGGCCUGUGUGCCCUCCGUGCGCCAGGAGGAGUGGGACUCUGAACGACUGGUGCUGGUGGUAGUCCACUGCUGUUCCGCCAUGCUGAUGUUCAUCAGCUUUCUGCUAGCGGAAGCUCAUGCCCUUUGCCUACGGCCAUUGAAAUGCAAGGUAGAGGUGGUGCAAAAAGGAACACUCCAGUACAAGCUGCGGUAUGGCACAUGGCUUCUGGCUGCUUGGCCUUACUUCAUGUUCAGCAUUAUUCAGAUCUACAAUGUCUUUGUAGAGUUGCAGCCCUACGCCCGCAUCACCUCCUUCGUGCUCGAAGUGGAUGCUGGCCUGGCGAUGCUCGCCAACCACUUUGCGAUUUGGUACUUUGCGCCAGAGAGGCAGUGGGUCGCAGAAGUGGAAUUGGGAUUCGUUGACCACUGA